UUUGACUUUAUACUAUAUCUGUGCAAAGCUUUACUUCGCAGUUGGCAACACGUGUAUGAGAACCGGAAGUUUUCUGUGGGGAUAAGGCCUUUCGGCUGGAGGCUUAAGUACAAGGGAGACCAUGAAGCUGAACAAGUUGGUGUCGUCGUCGCGUAGGAAGAAUCGUAAGAGGCACUUUACAGCACCAUCGCAUAUCAGAAGACGUUUGAUGUCUGCGCCCUUAUCGAAAGAGCUUCGACAAAAGUACAAUGUUCGUACGAUGCCAAUUCGUAAAGACGAUGAAGUACAGGUAGUGAGAGGCCAUUACAAAGGACAACAGGUGGGAAAAGUUGUCCAAGUUUAUAGGAAAAAGUUUGUAAUUUAUAUUGAAAGGAUUCAGAGAGAGAAGGCUAAUGGUGCCAGUGUCUAUGUAGGAAUCCAUCCAUCAAAGACAGUAAUUGUGAAACUAAAGAUGGAUAAGGACCGAAAGAAGAUAAUAGACAGGAGAUCGAAGGGCAGAUUGGCUGCUCUUGGGAAAGAGAAGGGAAAGUAUACUGAAGAAAGUGCUGCAGCAACUGCAAUGGAAACAUCUUGAAGAGAACUGUAAUUGUGACUGUUAAUAAUAAAAAUUUCCAAAGAA